GCAACAUCCGUGAAUACAUUGUAGAGCAGAUCGAAGUCGUUUCUAAGAUCCGUGCUCUAGGGCUUGUACUCACUGAUGAUCAACUAGUUCAUUUGAUCAUGAACAACCUACCUCCCCAAUUCGGCACGUUCCUGGUAAACUAUAACACUCUGAAGGACAUGUGGAUAUUGGAUGAACUCAUCACUCAGUGCGUCCAAGAAGAAGACAGGAUCAGACAGAUGAUAAAAGUUCAAAAUGUUAAUAUGGUGACUUCAGGACAGGGGCAUGGGCAGGGGAAUAAAGGUAGAAGGAAGAGGAAACAAGGUUCUAAUAAUGGAUUCUCUGGUCCUCCAUCUGGAAACCAUGAAAAUCAAUCUGGAAAUGGAUCUAAACACAAACGGGUUAAAGGCAAACUGUGCUUCUUUUGUAAAAAGACGGGUCAUCUAAAGAAAGACUGCGAAGGUUUUAAGGAUUGGCUCAUAAAGAAAGGAAUUACUACAGGCCAGGCCACCAACUGAUGCGGAGCGCUCAGUAUACGUAGGCAAUGGUGUCAAAGUUGACGUGGAGGCAAUAGGAGUCUAUAGGCUUAAGUUGAAGUCUGGUCAUUUUUUGAAUUUAGUUAAUACAUUCUGUGUGCCGUCUA